ACUUCUCCAGAGGUGGUUCUCGCAAACCGGUGACCUCCUCUAGGAGUGGAUUUUUUUUUCUUUUCGUUUGGUUGAUAAGAUUUAUUUUAUUUUCGGGUGGUCCACUUUCAGAAUUGUUCAGUCAAAAGGUUACAGUGAUACUCGCGCACAGAACUUAAAAUAUUAACGUAGACCGUGAAAGUGUGCGGUGGCAAGUUUUAGAACCAUAUCGCGUGUAUUGUUCCAAUGCUUCAGUAGAUUCGGCAACCAGUGCAAAACGUUCGCACAAACUUGAAGGAAACAAAUUACAUAUUCAUUCGUUGUUGAAUCCUUUAGCCGAGUGGUAAUCCUUUUACCGGAGUCACGCUACCAGGCGAAGGCUACGACAGCUCUCGGUAGUUCUCGGUCAAGAUUCUGCAACCCUCUUUUGUGCUGUUGUGUCGUUUGAUGCUCGUUUGCCGGAAAGGCAAAGGAUUUGUGAAAGCGCGCCACUUCAUCAACCCGGCCGAGCCUUCGAAAAAGGGGGGUGUACACACUUGAACUGAACAAUUCUGUAAACUAGUAGAGUGUAGCAGAAGUGAUAGUAAAAUUUCCCAAGAUCCUGGUACAGUUGUGAGUAGUGGGUGGUGAAAUUCGCUUUCUUCCCGAAAGUGCUGGUGCAACGGUCGGCGAUGCAGAUAGAACGACGACUGGCGGCGCUGAUCCUGGCAGUGCUGUGCUGUAGCUUAGGAACCGUCCACAGCUGGCCCAUCACCAAUCCGGAAAUGGUGGACAGUUUGAUUUUCUCCAACCCGGAAGCGGCCACCCCCUCCAUGAGGGACAUCCCUCAGUGGCACUGCCUGCGGUACUUCAAGCACGACAUCCACCUGAUGCGACGCUGUCGAAACUACCGCUUGCACAUGCUCCGGAGACCGAACGACAUGAUGUAAAUCAGGAUGGGGCGAUAGAAAUGUUGGUGCGAUGGCUGUCUGAAGAAUUAAUCGUAUAGCAGGAUGAAAUCGAGAAGAAAUGAAUCCUAAUUACCCAAUGGCUACUUACAUAUACGUUUAUAUUUCAAGUUCAACGCCUCACCAAAAAAAAAACUGGAACUUCUCGACCCCGUUGGAAAAUAACAGCUAUCAAUGUGAUCCAUAUGCUAUUUCAACACUGUACAGAUAAUAAUUUAUUAUGUUCGGGAGAAUUUGUGAAACAAUGUUGGUAAAGGUACUUCCUAACGAACAAGUUAAAGGUGUGUAGUUUAACAAUGAGAAGAACUUAUGUUUCAGUUAUAAUUUGAUCAAAUUUCCACUAAAAUCUGGAGAUCACAAUUGGUUCUUCUUAUUGAUAAUGGAACGAAAUAAAUACAUUUGAAUUAUAAUACGCUUUAAAUAGAGUCGUACAGACUAACCAUACACGGUUGAUGAGUUGCUCGACUAGAUUAUCUCUAUCAUCUGAACAACUGUACAAAGUAAAUAUCGGUUCGAUGGUUUUUUUCAUUCGGCAGGUGAUUUCUGUUCCCUGGUAGGUUAAGAGUAAGUAAAACCUAAAAUUUUCAACGGCGGUGUAGUAUAGAAAUAUUUGUCAUGUGGCAUUCAAAGCAAAAUCAUACCAAAUAAACCAAUCAAUAGAAUAUCUUUUACAAACAUCAGCGAAGAGAGAUAACGGGCUUUUAUUUCUAUGAUCUUAAUGCUGUGACUUUUAGUAUUUAGUUAAAGUAUACGGCUCGGAAUAAUCGGAAAAUAAAAACUUUAUGAAACCAUUA